CGCAGAGCUCCUCGGCCGCCACCGGGUCCGAAGGGCUGGAGAGGAGGGGGAGAUCGGCUAGAUUUUCCUCUGGUGAAAUGGAAUGUUUCCGUGGACACUGUUUAAGACCAAUAAGAAAAAACAUCACUUUGCAUUCAGAUUCCAGCUUUGAGAAAAGUAUGGAAAUACUGAGUGAAAAUAUAAAUAGGAGACACUUUGGAAGGCAAUUGACAAAGCCAAAAUCUGACCUGCAAAAAGAAGAAUAUAAGGAAGUCACAAGGGCACUGAAAACCAGAGCUGAUGCAAAAGCUGUAGAACAAAUCCAUGAAGAAAAUGAGGAUUUGGAGGUCCGACGAAGCCGUUAUACUACUACAAAUCAGUCUGUUCUUUUUGAUGCACUUAUAACAAAUACUGCAGAAGCAGUGUUGCAAAAAAUGGAUGACAUGGAGAAGAUGCGUAGACGCCAUAAAAAGGGCUUGGAAGACUUUGGGGUGUUCAACAAUGCUGAAGAAAACCUUGAUAUGUAUUCCCGUGAAAAGAAGGAAAUUGAGGGAGGUGAUGAACCUGACAAUCAACAGGAGCUUGAAGCGUCAUCAGAAGAAAUUGAGGAUAAAGAAGAUGAUGAUGUUGAAGAUAAUCAAAAGCGUUAUGACCUCCGACAGAGGAAAACUGUUGUGCCCUACCAAGCUCCUUUGGAAAGACCGAGACGACGCAAGAUACUCUUUCCCAGCCCACGGAAACGGCCUAAGAGACUGAGACAUGCAGCCCACAAUGAUGAUUCCACAUCAUCUUCCUCAUCAUCCCCUUCCUUGUCAUCCUCAUCUGAUGAGGAGGAGAGUGUUGAGAGGCGUCGGAUGCACAGCCGUAACAGGACAAUAAGAAGGUGUCUUCCAGUAAACUUUCAGGAGGAUGAGCUGAAGGGAGCUCGCAAGGAUCGAAUGAAAAUUGGAAAAAGCCUGGCUGAUGUUGAUCCAAUGCAAAUCGACAGUUCGGUGCGAUUUGAUGCUGUGGGCGGUCUUUCUGAGCACAUUUCAGCUUUAAAAGAAAUGGUCAUUUUUCCACUGCUUUAUCCGGAGGUGUUUGAGAGAUUCAAAAUUCAGCCUCCAAGAGGAUGUCUAUUCUAUGGUCCACCAGGAACUGGAAAGACCCUGGUUGCACGUGCCCUUGCUAAUGAGUGUAGCCAAGGGAACAGGAGAGUGGCUUUUUUUAUGAGAAAAGGUGCAGACUGCCUAAGUAAAUGGGUAGGAGAAUCCGAAAGGCAACUUCGUUUAUUAUUUGAUCAGGCAUAUCAAAUGAGGCCUUCCAUUAUUUUCUUUGAUGAGAUUGAUGGUCUUGCUCCUGUCCGGUCCAGCAAGCAAGACCAGAUUCAUAGCUCCAUCGUAUCAACGCUUCUGGCACUCAUGGAUGGGUUGGACAGCAGAGGGGAGGUUGUUGUUAUUGGUGCGACCAACCGGCUCGACUCCAUUGAUCCUGCAUUACGAAGACCUGGACGCUUUGACCGAGAAUUCCUCUUCGGCCUCCCAAAUAAAGAGGCCAGAAAAGAAAUUUUCAAGAUUCAUACUCGUGACUGGACUCCUAAGCUGUUGGAUGCAUUUAUAGAUGAGCUCGCUACAGAAUGUGUUGGGUACUGUGGAGCUGAUAUAAAAUCCUUGUGUGCUGAGGCUGCUCUCUGUGCCCUCCGCCAACGAUAUCCUCAGAUCUACUCGAGUAGUGAGAAAUUGCAACUAGACGUCAAUUCUAUUAAAAUAAAAGCAAAAGAUUUCGUGAUGGCUAUGCAGAAAACCGUUCCAGCAUCACAGAGGGCUGUGCCUUCACCGGGCCGAGCCUUGUCACCUAUUAUGAAACCACUUCUAGGAAGUACGCUCUUGAGAAUCUUACAAGCCCUACAAAGGGUAUUUCCUCAUGCAGAGCUUGCACUGAAGGAGGACCAGCAGCAAGGCAGUUUAAAUCCUAUCUUAAAAGGUGAUACAAUUGACAGAAGUUAUGAAUCCCCCUCAAUCUUCGAAGAGAAUGUAACAGAUAAAAUGAUUUGCAGACCGCAGCAAAAAUUCCUCAAUUUUAGUAGGAAAGCUUACUGGCAGCCUACAUCCUGCAGGCCACACCUGCUAUUAGUAGGAAAGGCAGGAUAUGGCCAGGCAUCCCACUUGGCACCUGCUGUUUUGCAUGCUCUGGAAAUGUUUCCAGUUCAUACUCUGGACAUGUCAGUUUUAUUUGUUAGCAUCUCAUCACCUGAAGAGACAUGUGCACAGUUGAUCCAAGAAGCUCAACGGACAGCACCAAGCAUAAUUUAUAUUCCACACAUCCAUUUGUGGUGGGACAGUGUUGGAGCUACACUGAAAGCUACCUUUACAUCACUAAUUCAGAAUAUUCCAACAUUUGCUCCAGUCUUGUUGCUUGCAACGUCAGAUGUACGUCACACAGAUCUGCCGGAUGAGGUACGAUCAUUGUUUAACAAUGAUUUUGGAGAAGUUUUCAAUAUCCAAUCUCCUGAUGAGGAUGAAAGAAGACAUUUUUUUGAGGACUUGAUCUUGAAUCAAGCUGCUAAACCUCCCACUCAAAAAAGGAAAGCAGCUGGGCAGACAUUAGAAGCAUUGCCUGUAGCACCACCACCUGAACCUCGACCUCUGACAGAGGAAGAAAUGAAGUGUCUGGAGGAGCAGGAGGAAGAUACCUUGCGUGAACUUCGGAUUUUCUUGAGGGAUGUUACUCACAGACUUGCCAUUGACAAACGUUUCAGGGCCUUUACGAAGCCUGUUGACCCAGAGGAGGUGCCUGACUAUGACACAGUUAUUAAACAUCCAAUGGAUCUUUCAACAGUUUUGUCUAAGAUUGAUUUGCACCAAUACCUAACUGCGGGAGAUUUUCUGAAAGAUAUUGAUCUCAUCUGUAGUAAUGCUUUAGAAUAUAACCCAGAUAAAGACCCUGGAGAUCGUCUCAUUAGGCACAGAGCUUGUAGUUUGAAAGACACUGCACAUUCCAUUGUGAAGGAAGAGAUAGAUGAAGAUUUUGAACAACUCUGUGAAGAAAUUAAAGAAUCUCGUAAGAAAAGAGGUUGCACCUCUUCAAAGUAUGCUCCAGAUUUCUACACAGUGAUGCCAAAGGAAAACUCUGCUCCUGAAUGUAAGAAAACAGAUGCAAAGUGCAGUGAAAAAACAAAGAUGACAGUGACACCUGUAGAUGCCAGUACACCUCUCUCCAAUGAUGCAUCAAAAAGAAAACGCAGAAAAACCAAAUCCUCUUUUUCCAUUGCAAAGAGAAGAAGGACUUUUCAAUUCAAUAAAGAGAAUACAAUUCCCAAAGAUGACCCAAAUGAGAGUGACGGGGAAGAUCUUCUGGCAAGCUAUAUUUCUAACAUGGAUCAGACUGAAUUUGAAUCCUCACAGGCUUCUACUUGGGAAGAAAGUGAAACUGUUCUUCAGGAACGGCAGACAAACAGCAAUGAAAAUAAAGCUGGAUCAGAAAAGGAGAGAGAGGGGGGGCUUUUUGAUAUGGAUACAUCUGCUGGUGAAAAGGAGAGUGUCGGGGUGCCUGGACGCUCAGACCUGAGAAGGGAAAGUGGUGUUUCUGUUUGCCAAAAACCAGACACCUCUGAAGAGAAAGAAGCAAAUGAUCCUUGGGUACUUCACAUGACUCGUGCAAGAUGUUCUCAGACAGAACAGAGGCAGAUGAGUGCUGGAAAAGUUAUGGGCAUUGUGACAGAGACAGCCGUUGUAGUGAUGGUGGAUUACUAUGAGCUCAAACAACUGUUGAAUAUGGUCACUGAGCUAACAAAGGAGGCUGAUAUAUUCCAUUUUGAAAAAUUAUAUGCUACAAUUUGUCAGUGUAUUUAUCAACAUCGGGAAGAUUUUGACAAAACCGAAUUGCUAAAGGUAAUGAAGAAAGAAAUUAAAGCCUUAGCACUAAUGUGAUCUGUGACAUACUUGAUUUCUGUUCUGCAAAGUUGUUUUCAUUGCAUAUUCUUCUGUUAUUUUUGUGUGUAAUUCAGUCUUCUACGUAUAUAAAACAAAUUUAUCUUAAAAUAUAUUUUUAAUGUUCAGAAACUCUUUUUAAGUGCUUUUAUUUUGUAUUCUUUCCCUGUAUUUGUUGAUAUUCUGUGAUGAAUAGCGAGCUCGGACAGAAGGAGUACGGUCUCUUGAGAUCAGUGUGUUCAGCUGUCCUCUCCAAUACACAGCACCUUAGCCUCGUCUCAAGUGGUUUGUGAAGUACUGCAGUCAGUGCCUUUGUCACAAUGUAGAUGUGAAUGUCUUCCAGAUGCUUCCAGUGCCUCUUCUUAAAAGGAAAGGAUGGAUAAAUUGAUAAGCUUUUAUCAUCCUUUCCCAGAUAUAUCACCAGAGAUUUCUGCAGGAAAAAAAAUAUAUAUUGUACAGCAUGGUAUGUAAGGGUUUUAAAACAAGUCUGAUUCUGACAUAUGAAAUCUAAUGCCUUUAGAAAACUCUUAGUGCAGUUCAGAGAUUUUUUUGUUUUUUUUUAAAUUGCCUUAUACCAUCUCAAGUGGCUUUCCUGGAGUUAACAACAUAAGGACAGUAUGUGGGAGAAAACAUUUCCACGAAGAUUUUUUGCUAUGGCGUAUUUUCAACAAUUAAAAUCCCAACUUAAGAGGCAAAGCCAGGCUUGGUAUUGAAACUUCCUAACAUGAUGCUUGGUCUUGCUUCUAUCAGUGACAAUCUUUUUACUGGAAAGUAGUAUUUUAAUAUUUAUUAAUUUAAUAUAAAUUAUUAGUUGCACGGAUGGUGCCUUAUAGUUGAAUUAAAUUUGUAAAUAAUUUUCUUAGUGACCAAGAGAGAAUCUAUUUGUCUAUUUCUUAAAAUUAACUAUAUUUCACCAAGAAUAUAUGUAAGAAAUAUCAGAGCAAGACUCUGUUUUAGAGGUCGAUUCUUCUUCAAACUACUGGAGAAAAUUAAUGUGACAGUUUUUUAAAUUAACCUAAGAUGGGGGAAAGUUUUGUUUUCAAAAAACAAUUAUAUCAUGAUGAAAUAUGUAGCAGUAUCUGUUGCUGGAAUGUCACCGAAUACCUAACUGUGCAAUCUCCAUGUGUGCUUUAUGUGUGUUUUCUUGUCUCUUUCUAGUGUGUGCCAACAUUCUAAAUUAUGUGGGAUUUUUUUUUCAUCUGUAGUGUUUGGAUGAGUAUUAAUGAGAAAUGAAUGUCCAUUUAUUUCUUUCUAUUCAUUAAAAAUCUUAAAAA